AUGACCACUAGCACUCCCAACGAGCCCGCCGUCCCAACCUCUCCGCCAGCAAAGCGCCUUAAGACGGACACCUCCGCCCCCACAACCAGCGAAACCAUGGCGUCCCCAGCGUUGCUCAUCAAGAAGCUUUCCGACAAGGCCCGGCUCCCGACCCGCGGCAGCGCUUUCGCAGCGGGCUACGACCUGUUCGCCGCACGCCCCACCACCAUCCCGGCGCGGGGCAAGGCGCUCGUCGACACCGACAUUAGCAUGUCUCUUCCGGCGGGGACCUACGGCCGCAUCGCGCCACGCUCAGGCCUCGCCGCCAAGCACUUCAUCGACACGGGCGCGGGGGUCAUCGACGCCGACUACCGCGGCCCCGUCAAGGUGCUGCUGUUCAACCACGCCGACGCCGACUACGCGGUGCAGGAGGGCGACCGGGUCGCGCAGCUCAUCAUCGAGCGCAUCUACACGCCCGAGGUGCUCGAGGUGCAGGAGCUGGAGGAGAGCGUGCGGGGCGCGGGCGGGUUCGGGAGCACGGGGACGAACUAG